GUUGUGCUUAGCCCCGGCACCUCGUAUCCCCAAGGCUGAGCCUCCAGCCGUUCAUCAUGCUCGUCGCCAACAGAAACAAUCGCAAGCCACAACCCAGCAUACUUUUUGAGCCCAACUCCUAUCUGAACACUUGAAAAUGAGGCCCCGUCGCCGUUUCUGUGCCGCACCCUCCAACAAUUGUCCACAUCCUGACUUGCGCGGUUGUCCUCAAAAGAGAGCGCCUCUUGAAACUCAUAAUGUUGUUGCCACGAAAGUCUAGGGGCGGGCACUCGUCCAGUGGUUAUUCUUCCUCCAGUUAUAACGACUCGCCAUGGAACGAAGAGGUUACAUUCUCGAUGUACAGCGUGUAUGGACGCAGAUCGUACUUCAUUGCGCAGCUCGCUUUCGAGUUCCUCAUAUUGGGAGUGCUAUUUCUCUUCCUUUUUGGCUGUUUUUUCAUCAGACAGCCUAAGGCGCUACCCAAGACUCUCCCUAAGAAGGCUCUUGUCUUCGGGAUAUUGAGCUAUAUCCUCUCCGAGCUCCUUACAAUCCCUUACAUGUUCUUCUAUAUUUGCGAGGUCACAGUGAAGCAGACCUAUGUUGUCAUGUUAAUGCUCCAGACGAUAUUCUGGCUUCUCGCCAUGUUUCUCAUGUUCUACGUCUUCUACCGAGUCAUCCAAGCGUAUCUCAACCGAGUUGCGAACGGCGGCAAGACAUUCCUUCCCGUGUCCGUACUGCACUGGGUUCUCCUGGGUGUUUUGGGGAUCCUCAUGGUGGUCAACGCUGCCAUGUACAUUGCUCUCCUCGUCAUGGAGGUGAACGGAAGCAACCCACUGCGAAUACUCGGACACUACAGCAGGAUUGUUGAGGCUCGCAUCAUCGUCUCGUGGCUGAUGUCUCUGGAGAUUCUCGUGUGGACAAUCUUCAUCAUUGCGAAGUCGAGAUUUAGCAGCAAGACCGGAUCUAUAACCCUUGCUUUGGCAGGAUUCUUCCUCUUUGUGUUUAACCUCGAGCAGCUGAUCGUGACAAUCAUGUACAAUUUCGAAUCGAAGUUGCCGCCAGCGUAUUUGAACAUGGCCACCUCAAUCGUCGCCUUCUUCUGCGCAAUCGGCAUAUACUUCGGCCUCAUCUUCUGCUGUAUCCAGUGGUGCAAGGCCAGCAAGAUCUAUUCUCAAGAGCAUGCUCAAAACGUCCAGCAUGCCCCAUAUGCCCAGCAUGCCCAGCAUGCUCAGACUCUUCCUCCUCCCCCUCCAGGCCCUUACGCUCCUAUGUCCUCAUACGAGCCAUAUCAACCGCCGUCACCCCAGCCUCCUAGCCAUCCAGCACAUUCUAGCUACUCGAGCCCUGUGAAUGGUGGCCUAAGCCCCGUGAAUGGUUACUCGAACCCCGCGAACAGCAACGGACAAUUUCCUCCAGCCGAGCUCCACAGUGAGAGCGAUGCUGGAUCGCAUGGGCUCCCAGCUAAUCAACAAUACCAACACCAUCCUCACGCGUGAAAUGACCGAUAUCAAUAAGAUCAGUCGACUUUUCUCGCAAGAAUAACUUUCCUAUCCUAUUUGAUGAUACCAUUUGCGUUGGAUGUUUUUCGGGUUGAGUUUCCAGGUCUCUAAUGAUAUUGAGCGAUGAAUCAGACAUACCCUGUCUCGACUUUUUUAUUAUUGACGAAACGCACGCUAUGCAUAUAAUAUAACCAUCUAUUUAAAUAAG